CUCUGCGCUUUAAAUAGCAGGUGCUACAAACUGUGUCCCUGCAUACACACACACACACACACUCAUCUUUAUCAUCACCACCGCAAUGUCCACCGCCAGCGCUGAGACGACCGCACAGCUGCCCCCGGCUGCAGGCAGGGUGUUCUUUCAAUCCGGCGUGGGUUGCGCCAGUUCCAGCCCGUUGCAGCGGGAUGACCCGGUGCAGAAGAAGCAGGGCAAAGUGACGGUGAAGUACGACCGCAAGGAGCUGCGGAAGAGACUCAUUCUGGAGGAAUGGAUCAUUGAACAGCUGAGCGAACUGUACGACUGUGAGGAGGAGGAAAUGCCAGAGGUGGAGAUCGACAUUGAUGAUCUGCUGGAAGUGAACAGUGAAGACGAGAGAACCAUAAAAGUACAGGAAUCACUGUCAGACUGCUUCAAACCCACUGAUGAAUUUGUGCGCGAGCUGCUCGGUAGGAUAAGGGGAAUGAGAAAACUCAGCGCUCCACAGAAGAAAAGCUUUUAAGUGCUUGAAAAUGCAAACGACAAUCCAGCUACCUGGACUGCAGGUCCCACAAUCGAUCAAUCAGCAUUGAGUCACAUCACAGCAUACAACACGCAAGGACUCCAGAUCCCAGGAUUCAUUUCUCACCAGGAAUCAAUAUACCAGAGUUAAUUUGGCAAGGACCUAUAUCCCACAGUACAACAUACAAACAAUAUUGCUCAGUACACAUUACAAGCCAUGUCUUCAUUUCCCAAUGCCCCAAGAGUCCCAGAGUUCAUCCAGGAUACCAUCGAAAACUUGCACAGAGACUAGUAAACAGUUUCAACACCCGCUUGUUUUAGUCUGGUUUUCCUAACCUCAAAUUCUCAUUUGGUCUUAUAGGCUCACAACAUUAUCACAUCGUUUGGUGCAGUAUUACAGCUAUUUGUAUGCAACUACGACUGACUCCAAAGCUAUUUUAUGUUAUUAUUAUUUAUAAUUAUUUUUUUUUCUUUUAAACAAAGUCACAAUUUUGUUUAGUAUUUUUAAACUGGUUUUAAUAGCCAAUGGCCUUUGCCACCAAUCUCAGAACAACUUAUGUCCAUGUAGUGUCCUGUUGUCUUUUUUCUGAAUAUCUGAUCCUAGAACAGGAAUGAAUGGCCUAUAUUCACCAAUAAAUGUCAAACCUUACUUUGGCUAUGUUCCGAAUAGCAUGCAAACAUACUAAUCUUACUAUUUUGGCAGUAUGUAGUGUGCACAUUUUCCAAAAUGCGCAGUAUACAACAGAGCAAACUUAGUGGAAUAUGCUUGACUUGACCUUCCAUUUCCAGUGAGACAAAGUAAUAUUAAUCAUGAUUUGACUUUACUUAAAAGUUUUAGAAAAUAUUGCAUUAAUGAUGCAAAAUAUCCAUAUUAAUUUCCAAAAUUAUAACUAGACAACAUUCACACACAAUGUAAUGAGGUCACGUGACAACAAUGUGUCAUACUAAUGUUUGCAUAGUAGCAUAUUGUUUGACUUACAAUUUUCAAAAUAAAUUAGGAAACAUAGAGUGUAUAAUACGGAUCCCACUAGGGAAGAAAAAAAAUAAGAUGUAAUUCUGACUUUAUAUGUCACAAUCGCAACUUUACAAUUUGCAAUGGUGGGAUCUAAAGUUGCAAUUGUGAGAAAUAAACUUGCAAUUGUGAAAUAUAAAGUCAGAAUUACCUCUUAUUUUUUAUUCAGUAGCAGGAUCCUGUUUCCACAGUACACACAUAUAUUGUCUAAAUGAUUUUAUUUUGAUUUCACAUAAUCAUGAGAAAUAAAGUAUGAAUUGUGAGAUCUAAAGUCACAAUAACAAAAUCUAAAUGUGCAAUUCAGAUAUAAAGCUGCAAUUGCAAGAAAUAAGGUUGCGAGAUCUAAAGUCACAAUUGCAAGAUCUAAAGUCACAAUUGCAAGAAGUUGCAAUCACAAGAUAUAAAGUUGCAAUUACAAGAAAUAAGGUUGCAAAUGCGAGAUCUAAAGUCGCAAUUGCAAGAUAUAGACGCAAUUGCAAGAUAUUAACUCACAAGUGUGAGUUUAAAUCUCAUAACUGUAAAAAAUGAAGUCGCAACUGUGAGAUCUAAAGUUGCAAUUAUAAGAUAUAAAGUUGCAAAUGCGAGAUCUAAAGUCACAACUGCAAGAAAUAAAGUCGCAAUUGUGAGAUAUGGUCACAAAUGCAAGUUGCAAAUGCGAGAUCUAAUGUUGCAACUGUGAAAUCUAAAGGCGAAACUAAGAAGUUGCAAAUGCGAAACUAAGAAGAUGCAAAUGCGAAACUAAGAAGUUGCAAAUGCGAAACUAAGAAGAUGCAAAUGCGAGAUCUAAUGUUGCAACUGCGAGAUCUAAAGGCGAAACUAAGAAGUUGCAAAUGCGAAACUAAGAAGAUGCAAAUGCGAAACUAAGAAGAUGCAAAUGCGAAACUAAGAAGAUGCAAAUGCGAAACUAAGAAGAUGCGAAUGCGAGAUCUAAUGUUGCAACUGCGAGAUCUAAAGGCGAAACUAAGAAGUUGCAAAUGCGAGAUCUAAAGUCACAACUGCAAGAAAUAUAGUCGCAAUUGCAAGAUAUUAACUCACAAGUGUGAGUUUAAAUCUCAUAAAUGUAAAAAAUUAAGUCGCAACUGUGAGAUCUAAAGUUGCAAUUACAAGAUAUAAAUGCGAAAUAAAGUCGCAAUUGCGAGAUAUGGUCAAUUGCAAGUCACAACUGCGAGAUCUAAAGUUGCAAUUGCAAGAAAUAAACACACAAUUGUGUUCACAUAAUUAUUAAAAUGAUGUUGCAUCUGCAAGAUAAAAAGUCACAAUUGCAAGACAAAAACUCACAGUUAGUAAGAUAUGUUGCAAUUAUCCACAGCUGCAAGAUAUAUACUCAGAGUUUAUAUCUCAUAAUAAUGAGGUCUAAAGUCGCAACUGCGAGAAAUAAAGUCAGAAUAAAUUUUUCGUUUCUUUAUUCAACGGUGGGAUCAAGGAAACACAUUAUACUGCUCAGUAUUCAAUAAGUAGAAGUAUUCCUUUCCAAACACAGCUGUUGAUUUUAUUGCAUGUCAUUCUUCCUUAUCCCAUUCACAACUUGAGCAAAGCAUGAUGGGAUGUGUAGUCUUUCAGGGCCAGGAACGCAUAAAUGGCACACGGCCUUUGCGUAACAGUCAUUUAUAAGUCAAUUAAUUGCCCAGAGUACAUAUCAGUCAAUCAUGUAACCAUCAUAUUUGUGAUUUGAUAACAUAAUUCAGUAACUGUACUUUGAUCUUGGAUUGUGGUAUAACUAGAGUUUAAAGAAUUUGUGUGGGAUGUGCUGCCCGAAGGUAAGAAAAAAAUAAUCCGGUUUGAAUGAUUCUAGAUGACAACAAGGGCUGCAUGACUAUUUAUAGAUCUCUUAUGAACAGAUGUACUGUGAUGAUUGUUAGCGCUAAUGAGAGUUUAAUGAUCGCUGGAUAUCUAGUUUUAUGACCAUUAAUGAAAUCGCUCAAAUCAUUCGAAUCUAGGCUUUUAACUGCUUGUACUCAUUCUACGGUUUCCCACAGAGGCUGCCAAAGAAUACAGAACGGUUUAAUACAAACAUAUUAUCAAGUGCUAUCUGUGUGUGUAUAUUAUGUUACACUAUAAAGCACAUUAUAAACUUUAUGUCAUUGGUGUCAUACUCAUGGGUUAGAUUUGUGUUUGAUGGUGUAAGUCGAAUAACAAGGAAUCCAGGAAAAACUAUGGUGCUGUUUAAACUUCUAAUCCUCUACAGUGUGGAUGGACGAUGUGUUUUGCUGGCCAGAGAGAAAGGGAAAAAAGCAACAUUUGUUCUGGAUCCAGCAGGAAUCUUCUUUUUGAUUCAGUUGUUUCACAGAUCUCCUAUAAAUUAAACGCUGUGCAGAUGCAUCCAUUGCCAUCUGCUCUACUCAGAGCUUCUGUCUAGGGCUGCUACUAAGUGUUGAUGUGGAUUUUAAAGGGAUAGUUUCCCCCAAAUUAAGAUUCUGCCAUCAUUUACUAACCCUUAACCCCUAAUGUCUUUCAAAACCUGAAGAUAAAUAGAAAUGAACAGAAUUCAAAUGUUUGGGUUAACUAUUCCUUUAAGGAGAUUGUGUGUUUUCAGGUGUGCUUUGACCCUUCUCUCGGUGAAGAACAUUCAGGAUUUAGGCUGAUCUUUUACAGUAUUUU